GUCAAAGAUAAUGACGAUUCGGGCGCUGCAAGUGUGUCGAUUAGAUUUGAGCUAAUUUUUGGCCACCGCUUCCCGUGCUGCGAAUUCCGGGCGCCUUCUUGUCGUAGGACGGCGAAUUUUUCAGCGGUGCCUUGACAAUUAGCUGGCAGUUAGCGGUUGCUCGGGAUAGCUCCGAUUGAGGAUAAAAAUAAACCAUGAACAAGGAGGCAGCAGAGGACUGUGUGGAGCGAGCCGUCAAGUACCUGGCCGAGGGGAAAAUCGAGAAAGCGGAAAAGUUACUAAACAAAUCGAUUUCCCUGCAUCGAACGGACCGGGCGGAAGAGCUGCUUAGCAAAAUUAAGUGUGGUGCCUACGCGGAAAGUGCCACAUCCGGGAACACAUCGGAUGAUGGCGUCCGGCAGAGGAACACUGCGAAGGGUGCCGCACCGAAAGCGGAAAGCGCCAACGAAGCGGAGUACACCACGGAGCAAUUGGAUGCGGUGAAACGAAUCAAAAAGUGCAAGGACUACUAUGAAGUAUUGGGGGUAGCAAAGGAUGCCACCGAUGCGGACAUCAAAAAAGCCUACAAGAAGCUUGCGCUCCAGUUGCAUCCUGACAAGAAUCACGCACCGGGCGCGGUGGAAGCAUUUAAAGCGAUCGGCAACGCGGUAGCUAUCCUUACGGAUACGGAUAAGCGACGAUCGUACGAUCUCUACGGCUCCGAGGAUCACCACCAGCCAACGACACGCAAAACGCGCUAUCAGUACGACUACGCGUAUUCGCGCGGAUUCGAAACGGACUUUACUGCCGAAGAGCUGUUCAACAUGUUCUUCGGUGCCGAAAUUCCUACCCAGCACGUAUACACUCGCCCAAGACGGUUUCACCGAGCCGAACAGCAACAAUACCGCGAGCCCCAGUCAGGGUUUGCGGCGUUCAUCAACCUUUUGCCAAUCAUUCUUCUUAUCGCGCUGUCCAUGAUGUCGUCGUUCUUCAUUUCGGACCCCAUAUACAGCCUUACACCAAGCCAAAAAUUUACGGUCGCUCGCAAAACGAAUCAGUUAAAGAUACCGUACUACGUGAAGGAGCAUUUCCACACCGAGUACCAGGGUUCAGUGGUCCGGUUGGAGGCGUCGGUAGAGGAGGAUUAUUUAAACAAUCUAAAGCAUUCCUGCUACCGGGAGAGGAACUACAAGGACACGAUGCUAAUGAAGGCCCGAAACUUCGGCGACCAAGAGCUUUACAAAAAGGCGCAUAACAUAAAGACACCGUCUUGUGAUAAAUUGCAAAGCUUACACAACUAGUCCAACGGAGGUGCAUCGGAGUUUUUUUACUACGAUAUCUAGGCUACUGUGCAUGGGGUGGCACGGUGGGGUUGAUUGGCGCGUACUCGUUUUUCUCCGGUACACCGUGCUUAGAGUUUCAAUGGUUGAUUUUCGCGGACGCCGCGCUAAAGAAACCCGAUUAUGUCAUUUUAUCAGUUUGUAACGAUCCCGGCCAGUCUGUAUGUGGGUUUUUUUUUCGGUGGUACAGAGGGCCUGGGCUUCCGGCAGUGUAGUGCACGGUUUGGUUAUAGUUAAUUGUUGUUUUCGUUUCGCAGUAGCAGAGAAUUAUAAAGUGAUCGGACGAGUUCAGCGACUCACUACGGGUCCAGGCAAAAUAAAAUACUUCACGUAGGAGCGUAAGUUAGCAAAACAGAAUCAAAUGGUUCCCUCCUGUGACGCUGUGCCCAGCAGUUGCGGUGUAAUUUAUGAAAUCCUUCCUUCUUCGCAAUAAAAGCAAAUA